AUGGCUGCGAGGUGGAGUAUCGAACAUUUUAUUAAAGACCUGAAAGAUCUUCAGGCUACUACCAUGGCUGUUGAUUGUCUUGGACAGUGGGUUCUUCUUGGAGGAAAAAGAGCCCUCACUUUAGUCAGUUUAGCAAAUAUGAACAAUGUUAGAAAGAUUGAACGUAUCAGCAAAUAUGACAUCAGUUGUAUUCAGUGGAAUCCGCAUCCAAUUGCCGCACAAAAGUUUGCUGUGGCUUGUGGCCAGAAACUAGAUGUUUAUCAUUGGCAAGAUGGUGGAAACAGCAGUAAACCAAUGUGUACAAUGAAAGCUCACUCAAGAGUGGUCAGUGAUUUGGAUUGGUCACCAUUUGAUGUUAACAUCAUUGCUUCCUGCUCUGUGGAUUCUUAUACUUAUCUCUGGGAUGUACGAGAACCAAGAAAACCUUCUGGCUCUUUUCAAACAGUUGCUGGGGCUUCCCAAGUUCAGUGGAACAAAGUAACAAACAAUACAUUUGCUACAACACAUGAAGGAGAUGUGAGAAUCUGGGAUCCUAGGAAAGGAAACUUGGCUGUUCAUUACAUUGCUGCCCAUCCGUCCAAGAUCUAUGGCCUGGAUUGGAGUCCAUUUUCAGAAUAUAAUCUGGCCACCUCUAGUCAAGACCAUACAGUGAAGUUUUGGGAUGUGACAAGUUUAAAGCGUCAAGAAGAGAUAUUAUUCUCUGGAUCUCCUGUUUGGAAAGCUCGAUAUACUCCAUUCCAAACUGGUCUAGUGACAGUUGUCUUACCUCAGCUGACAAGAGAACCAUACUUGAACCUCUGGAAUAUUUCCAACCUUAAACAACCUGUUCAUACAUUUGUUGGCCAUGGAGAUGUUGUAUUAGAUUUCCAUUGGAGGAAUAAAGCAGAAGAGAGCACAGAUUAUCAACUUGUUACUUGGUCCAAAGAUCAAAGUCUGAGAAUCUGGAAUAUUGAUCUCAACAUGCAAAAGUUGUGCCGUCCUGAUGCAGCCAGUGUAAUGGAGAACAAUGGCGAGGAUACACCUAUGAUGGAAUACGACGCAUUAAGACCCACUGUUAUUUCAGCCAGUGCUCCAGUAGGAGAACCUUCCUUUACUUCAAUAUUUCAGCCACAGACACUACUACAAGAAUUUUCAUUAGUCAACAAGGACAUUCCCAAAGUUGUGGUUGAAAAAAUGGAUGCUGGUAGCCGAACAUGUACAGUCAGUGCUAUUAGUGGACGUCAGACAGUAUCGCUGGUUGUGACUUUCCCUGUAAAUUAUCCAAACAAUGCAGCCCCCACUUUUGAGUUUACUCAGGGUACUACAUUACAUGAAACUCAAAAGCAGCAGUUGCUACAAUCUCUGAAAGAAACAUCUCAACAGCAUGUGAAGAGGAAUCGGUCUUGUCUGGAACCAUGUCUUCGACAACUGACAGCAAAUUUAGAUAAGUUAACAGAAGUGGAACGAAAGACACCAGAUACUGAGGAUCCAUUCAGCCUUUCAGCUAAAUCUGGUGCAUCCAUUGUACCUAAUUGUUAUUAUAUUGGUUAUCAGGAUAGUUCUGUACCUUUUCCACGGACAUCUGGAGCUAGAUUCUGUUCAGCAGGAUAUCUGGUCUGUUUUGGACGUCUUUCAUCCAGCAAGAAACCACUGACUGAGCGUACACCCAAGUCUCUCUCAGUGCUUGCUUAUUUACAAUCAUCAGGGAUAAGAUCUCCCCAGUCAACAUCUUCAUAUUCAGUAUUUUCACGAAGUCCUCCUACUUCGAGUGGGAUGUUUUCUAUCAGUAAUUAUUAUGCACAACGAGAAAGGCCAAAACGAAGUCGUCAACGAUGUCGCACUAGUAAAGACCUGACAGACUCCAAGGGAAGAGAUGCAGAGUUGAAGAAAAUGUCAAAGGUCAACCCAGUAAUUAUUUAUGAUAUUGCUUCCCUUCAAAUGCUGAACAAACAAUUGGCUGAAAAUUACAUAAUUAACUUGGAUGAUAUUCCAAAGAUGUGUAGUCAUAAUGGGAAUGUUGCUGCACAAGUUGGAAGAAAGGAUUUAAUUCAGAUGUGGUCCUUAUUAUCUUUAGUUGCUGGUGGUGGACAGGAACUCUCAAAGGAUCCUUAUGAUGGUGCCCCAUGGGCUCAACAUCCAUUUGGAAGGAAACUAAUUAAAUCUCUGCUUGACCAUUACAUGAGCUUAUAUGAUAUUCAAACACUGGCUAUGUUGAGUUGCAUGUUAUGGACAAAGUCCAUAGCUCAGAUUGUUAACCAGCCUCCUGCUUCUCCUCGACCAGAGAAAGAGAAUAUACCUCCAAAUAAUGAUUAUUCAAUCUUGGAGAGGGCCAGCAGCCCUGAUGACUGGAACAUAUUAUGUCUUGCUGGCUCUCCAAUAAGCCAAAAGAACUGGAUCAACCAUUCAGACAACGAUGCUGUCAGAUAUAGGAAAUAUUUUUUAAAACUUCUUCCUUUCUUUUUUAUUUCUUUCUUCCCCCUGUGGGCCUCUCCUCUUCCUCCUCCAUCCUGGGCUCUCUUUGUUACAUCCUCAUCCAGGCCUCUCUUCAUCCUUCCUUGCACCCCCCACCUGGGUCUCUCUCUCACUCAUAUCCCACCAUCAGAGUCCCCCCCCCAAAUCUAUGUCUGUCUCUCCCUUCCUUCCUUUACCCUCAAAUUUCAAUUUUUUCUUAAUUUUGUUCUCUUUUGCUUUAGGGAUAUUAUUAGAUUAAUAGUGGUUAUUCAAUCUUACAAUAUUCUUUGGACAUGUUUUCUUUGCCACACCAAAAUGUAA